UGAAUUCUACAAUACUUAGAGCAUUUUCUCGAAUGAAUCGAGUGAUUAUACUUUUUGAUAAAUUUUUGACAUUGAGUAACUUAUAAUGACAGUAAGCACAGAAAGAAAUCAUCGUCAUCAACGCCAGAUUUUUUUUUCGAACAAGAUCAAGCCUGUCAUUUCGCCGUAUCAAUAUCAGCAUCUUGUAUCCACUUUGAAUAUGAUGUUGGUUAUAAAAAUGCCUAUGUGGUCUUAGAACAUAUCGUUUUCGUGUUUAUUUUGACUUUCUGUGGACAAACUCGUGACCGUAUAAAACCCUUUACGUCAUAAGUGAAAAGGCCAUCCCUUGAGACCCACUCAGCCACUAAACCUGGUGUGUUAUAGCUCAAUUUGGCAUCUCUGAUUGCUAUAUUUGGGUUAAUAGCGGGAUAGACCCAUUCUUGGCAAGCUUAGAAUGACCUCCACAGAAACCUACAUACUCCCGGCUUGCUGUUUUGCAUUAUUGAUACUUUUAAUGCUUACUGGGUUUUGCCAAGAUAAAGCUGCCUGCUUUUAUGCUAUGAGCAAUGUGGAGAAUUAUUCCACCAGAUCUUCCACCUAAUUUUAAACCAUCACAUUUAAAGAGGUAUCAAGUAGCUAAAGAGGAAUUCAAGGUUAAGUUCAGCAAGGAUGCACUCCAAGAGAAGCUUACGCCUGAGCAGUUUUCAGUCACACAAGAUAGCGGCACUGAAAGGGCAUUCACUGGAGCAUACUGGGAUAAAAAGGACCCUGGUAUCUAUAGAUGCGUUGUUUGUGACAUAGAGCUAUUCAGCUCUAAAAAUAAAUAUGACUCAGGCAGUGGAUGGCCAUCUUUCUAUGAUGUCAUAGCUCAUGGAAAUGUCAAGCAGAAAUCGGACUUUUCUCAUGGAAUGAGACGAAUUGAAGUCGUGUGUGCCAAUUGCGGGGCGCAUCUUGGUCACCUAUUUGAGGAUGGUCCUCAACCAACUGGUCAACGAUAUUGCAUCAACUCUGCAUCCUUGAAGUUUGAACCGAAAGAAAGUGAGAAGAAGAGCGAGCUAUGACACUUGAUCGCCAGUAUGAUUUAUGAAGCAGAUGGUAUUGAUUCUAUUUACAAUAGGCUAGUAGGAUAGUAAAUAUUUGUUAUAUUUAUACAAAUACAACAAAAGAAAUUUGUGAACUUGUGUUCCAUAUUUUACAACUUGAAUAAAACAGGUGAUGGCAA